AUGGAACCUGUUGAGAUUCCCCAAGGGGUUGAUGCCAGGCCUGGGUGUUCUUUGACACCAACUGACCCUGUGUCCAAGGUGCUCAGUGAUGAUGACCUCCUAAUCGAGAUCCUCCUCCGCCUCACUCCGAAGCCAUCCUCCCUCCGCAACGCCUCCCUCAUCUACAAGCGAUGGCGCCGCAUCCUCUUCGACCCCCAAUUCCUCGGGCGCUUCCGCAAACACCAUUGGAAGCUCCUCGGCUUCUUCUACCAACAAUUUAAUGAAGCACCCAUCUUCACUCCAAUUUCGGACCAGUUGGACCUCAUCGCCGUAGCGUUGCCGGAGAACCUGUCUGGUCCUUAUUCUCUAGGUGGCGUCUUCCUUGGCUGCCGCGAUGGCAUCACCCUCGUCCUCGACCGCGCACGCCAUAAGGCCAUCAUUUGGGAACCCACCACCGGGGGCAAAAACCAUGUGACUUUUCCACCAGCAGUCAGUCAUGGCUUCGAUACCUCUGUUGUGAGCGCAGCGGUGAUGUGUUCUGCCCGCGACGUGCAUCAGCACUUGCACAACGAGAACUGCUUGAACACAUUCAAACUGGUACUGGUGUGCCAGGAAGAUUUCGCUAACCAAACAAAGGUGUCUGUUUGCCUCUACGACUCCAAGUCUAAUACAUGGGGAGAUAUUAUAUCCAUAACGGGUACAUGCAAGAUUGCUAAUGUGGCAAGGCCCAGCGUCAUAGUUGGGAAUGCACUUUACUGGUUGCUCUCUGGAGCAAACAUCCUUGAGUUUGAUUGUGAAAGGCAGACCCUUGUUGUAAUUGAGAAGCCGACAACAUAUGCCCAUGUUACUGGUUCUAGCGUCGACAUGUCCUUCCAGAUCUUACGAGGAGAGUAUAAUUGCCUUGGCCUUGCGGUUCUUUCAAAGUUAAAACUGAGCAUUCAGUUAUGGGGGAGGAAGUCAAAUGGUGAUGGUAUUGUCUCAUGGGUGCUGCAGAAAUGUGUUCAACUGGAUGAGCUCUUUUCAAGACCCGCACGCAGGAAAAAUGUCAUCCUCUUGGCAGGCUAUGAUGAGGACACAAAUGCGAUAUUUCUGUCUUCGGAUUCUCAUGAUUUCAUCCUGCAGCUCGAGUCGGUGCAGUUCAGAUAUAUUGGAAGGAGAGAAUGCACACACUUCCGAAUGUAUUAUCCGUAUACAAAUUUCUACAUUGCAGAGAGGCCACCUCAGUCUUGGAUCAAAGAAGAGUGA